CGAACCGGCAACCCUCCGGUUACAAGUCCAAAGCGCUAACCAGUAGGCCACGGCUGCCCCCCAACUUCUCUCCUUGGGGAGGUUAACAACAGGGCCAAUGUUGGAAAUGAGCCUCUGACUUCAGCAUUUUAUCCCUCACAUGGCUUUUAGUCAUUGUAUUAUCAUAAGUAUGCUGCUUAUGGCUAAUAAAAUCAAAUCAAAUCAAUCUAUGUGUGUGUGUGUGUGUGUGUGUAUUGUGUAUGUGCGUGUCAGGUCUGCACAGAGGGGCGUCUGAUCGUGGAGUUCUCGUUUGAUGACCUCAUGCGUAUUAAGAUGUGGCACUUCACCAUCAGGCAGCACCGAGAGCUCAUUCCCCGGAGUAUCCUCGCCAUGCACGCCCAGGACCCCCAGGCUCUGGAGCAGCUUUCCAAAAACAUCACCAGGAUGGGCCUAACCAACUUCACACUCAACUACCUCAGGUUGUGCGUAAUCCUGGAGCCCAUGCAGGAGCUGAUGUCGAGGCACAAGACGUACAACCUGAGUCCACGCGACUGCCUCAAGACCUGCCUCUUCCAGAAGUGGCAGAGGAUGGUGGCCCCUCCAGCUGGACCCCCUCAGAACUUCAAAUCGGAGAUAUUCUCCUCCAAUCACAAGAAAGCAGAACCGGCCAGGCAGACCACCACCAAGAGGAGGAAGAGGAAGAAUUCCGCUAGCUCCGCCUCCAACAGUAGCCUUGGCAACAGCACCAACAGUAAGAAGCGCAGUCCAGCCAACAACUUCAACUUAUCCAGCCAGGUACCUGAUGUGAUGGUGGUGGGAGAGCCCACGCUGAUGGGCGGUGAGUUCGGAGACGAGGACGAGCGCCUGAUCACGCGUCUGGAGAACACGCAGUACGAUGCCACCAACGGCCUGGAGGACGACGCCCACUUCGGACACUCGCCCGCCCUGCCCAGCAACGGGCCCUGGAGCGCCAAGCCGCCCUCGUCUGGACCCGACCCCAAAAACGACAGUGCACCACCUCAGACCCCCCAGUGAGACGCACACAGACACACUCACACAGACACACACUUACACACACACACACACUCACACACCAACCAAACACAGCUGACCGUCUGAAUCCUCUUCCUGGUUUGGAGUUGGAGGAUUCCAGGCCCACUUUGAUCAUGGCAGUCAGAACCACCCUGACCCCAUCAGAGACCAGUGGACCUUCACUACUUCCUGUCCGAUCUGAAGACUUGGCCUUCAGCUGCAGGGACGUCUUGUGACCUCAUCUCAUCCCUUCACGGUGGGAGCUGUGUGUGCAGCAGUGGCUGAUCUGGAGCCCCUGCGGAUGUGAUCAGGUGAACCUGUGCAACUCCCCCAGCCCCUGCAGAUGUGAUCAGGUGAACCUGUGCAACUCCCCCAGCCCCUGCGGAUGUGAUCAGGUGAACCUGUGCAACUCCCCUAGCCCCUGCUGAUGUGAUCAGGGGCGGAUGUGAUCAGGUGAACCUGUGAAACUCUUGGAGGACUCUUCAGCUGGUCAGCCAUGAUGAGUGAAUGUCCUCUCGCCCUUUAAAGACGCAUGUCCCCUGCGCUCGCUUUUAGAACACUCGUCCCAAACUGUCCCUCUCUGAUGAACUCUUCCCGAACUGUCCGUCUGGGAAGACUUUGUGGUCUCUUGAGGUCUCUGCAUGUUCUUCAUGUGUCCACCAUAGGGUGUCUUUGUUCAGCCAUUUCUAUUUCAGUACUUCUGAUGUCCCCAGACCUCAGUGUAGGAGCCUUUGGGUCUUUACUUUGCUCUUUAGAUUUGUAGUUUUGUUAAUAGAAAUAGACUUCUGACCCUUAAACUGAACUAUCUAUGGCAGCUGUGUGUGUGUCUGUGUGUGUGUGUGUGUGUGUGUGUGUGUGUCUGUGUGUGUCUGUGUGUGUGUGUGUGUGUGUGUGUGCGUGUGUGUGUGUGGCAGCUAUGGCAGCUGCUUAAAGCCCUUUGCUGGUGGUGAUGAUGCUGGUGAUGACCCUACAGAGCGUUGUGGUCUUGCUGAUUUGACCUUUGACUCCCUGGUCAGUAAUGUCAGUCAUGACUCCCUGGUCAGUAAUGUCAGUAAUGACUCCCUGGUCAGUAGGGUCAGUAAUGACUCCCUGGGGACUCCCAGCUGUGGUGGUAAGAUGACAUCACUCCAAGCAAAGGCCUGUGACAUCACACACCAGUUCCCUUUUGGGUUAUUUUUCUUUAUCCUUUCAACAGCCACGGGCAGCCGUGGCCCACUGGUUAGCACUCUGGACUUGUAACCGGAGGGUUGCCGG